AUGCGGGCUGGCGAAGCGCCGAGCCCUAUUCUCGAAAAUCUCGGUGGACCAUCCUGGUUGGAAGGCCGGGAACGCACCGAAAAGACAUACCAACGCCCCAUCAAGUUCUGCUUGCGCUGCUACGCUCGGGACCCUAUCGUAAGGCUCUACAUGUGUGGAAAGUGCACAAAGGUCUACUAUUGUUCUCGAGAGUGCCAGAAGACAGACUGGUUUUCGCACCAAGAGUUGGCGGCGAGGAACGAGCGCAUCCAGCGCCUCGCCCUAACGGAUCCAGCUGCUGCACAAAGGGAGAAAGAUUGGGAUGCGUGGCGACGAGCAGCGGAUGUGCUACCGUACGUCAGCGCGUUGCGUUUAUACCAAGAUCCUAGCCGCGCGCGCACGCACCUCAUCAUCGAGGAGUCACUCUACACUCCGUACGCAGGAACUCGCGCCAGAGAUAAAUUCGGGGUUGUCAGAUGUGCGGUCAUCCGAAUGUCUGACUUUCUGAAUACGAUGGCGGAUGCCAUGGGCGUCAGACCUGGCGCGGUGGAUCGUUUGCGGACAGAGCAGCCUGAAUGGGGCGUCAAGUUCUUCAUAUUCAGGUCUGCGCCCGGUAUGACAUCAAUCGACAAAGGUCAUACCUCGUCAUCCCCUCGACCGCAAGAGCAUCUAACCAUCAGUCUUCGUAGGUGUUAUACCGAGCAGCAGGAUUGA